AUGGAUCUCGACGCAGGGGACUCCCCGUGGGGCGACGUCCCAUCACAGUCGCCCCCCAGCCAUACUGCUCCCAAACGUGACGCCGAAGAGCCGAGCCCUGACCAAGCAACCCAGCCAGCUAGCUCCAAUGCUUCCCGUUCACCCGUCCGAAGAGGUCCUAGAGGCACCCGCCGGAUCAAUGCGCAGGCAACCAAGCUAGAAGCAGUGGACGAUUCGUUCGAUCCCCUGGGUCCCCUGGGUGACAAGGCCACCCAGAGCAACCCGCACGAGCAGGCUCCCACCCCACCACAGAAAGAGGCAUUCGGCGCGCGCGGCGUGCGUCCAACUUCGUCGGCCUCGCAGGCGCACAGCAGCGCGUCUCUGGGCGAGUCUGUCAAUCUGGAAGAGGACGGUGCGGGAUUCCGGGGUCCUCCGCCGGUUCAGCCCCCUAGUGACGCAGAGGGGUCGAAACGACAGUCCGAACCUAGCAUCAGCGUGGAGAAGGCCGCGAACCCGACGUUCGAUAUCACUGUGGGCGACCCGCACAAAGUCGGAGAUCUGACCAGUAGUCACAUUGUGUACCAGGUCAGGACCAAGACGACCUCGAAAGCCUACAGACAACCGGAAUUCUCUGUCAGCCGGCGAUACCGCGAUUUCCUGUGGCUUUACAACUCCAUGCACAACAACAACCCCGGCGUCGUGGUGCCCCCGCCGCCGGAGAAGCAAGCCGUAGGUCGAUUCGAUACGAACUUUGUCGAGUCGCGGAGAGCAGCCUUGGAGCGAAUGUUGAACAAGAUUGCGGCGCAUCCCAUCCUUCAACAUGAUGGUGACCUGAAGAUUUUCCUGGAGAGCGACACUUUCAACAUCGAUGUGAAGAACAAGGAGAAUCGGGAACCGGACCUAGGGCAGAGCAAGGGCAUGUUUAGUUCUUUCGGAAUUAAUGUUGGCGGAGGCGGGAAAUUCGUUGAACACGACGACUGGUUCCAUGACCGGAAGAUCUACCUCGAUGCCCUGGAAAAUCAACUGAAGGCGCUUCUUAAGUCGGUCGACACUGUGGUGGCUCAGCGCAAGGGAUUGGCCGAAGCGGCUGGCGAUUUUUCUGCUUCGCUCCACGCCUUGGCUGCUGUUGAGCUGUCUCCGGCUCUUUCGGCCCCCUUGGAGGGUCUUUCUGACCUUCAGCUGCGCAUCAGGGAGCUGUAUGAGCGCCAAGCACAGCAGGAUGUCCUCACUCUUGGCAUCACCAUCGACGAAUAUCUACGACUAAUUGGAAGUGUCAAGACAGCGUUCACCCAACGACAGAAGGCCUUCCACAGCUGGCAUGCGGCCGAGGCUGAGUUGCAGAAACGCAAGCACACCCAGGAGAAGCUGCUCAGGCAAGGAAAGACUCAGCAGGAUCGCCUCACACAAGUCAAUGCCGACGUGGCCGAUGCGGAACGGAAGUCUCAUCAGGCACGGCUUUUGUUCGAAGAUAUGGGUCGACUGAUGCGGAAUGAACUUCAGCGCUUCGAGAAGGAGAAGGUGGAAGACUUUAAGUCUGGCGUUGAGACAUUCUUAGAGAGCGCUGUCGAAGCCCAGAAGGAGUUGAUCGAACUAUGGGAAACGUUCCUGUUCCAACUCGACGCGGGUGAGGAUAGCAAUCUGCUGUAUGGUGCGCCUGGGGUGGGUGCUGCGCCAACCGAGUCGACCGGAGCUGAGGAGUCAGCUCCGGCCGAGGCAGCAGAAGACGCUUAG